GACGUCGAAACCUGAAGGAGCGUGAUAUCACUACAUCGUGUAGCUAAGGAAAAUAUGAACAGAUCAGUUUGACUUUUUGUUGAGGCUCUUUUAAAAAGGUAGAAGAGUUUCUGUACAUUUAAUCAUUCUCUUAUGUGCUUCAUUACUGCACAUCAUUUAUUAUGCAUGCAUGCAGCUAAUUGUAGAUUUGAGUCUACAAUGCCGUAUUAUGAGGUGACUGCUCGAGAGGAAAUAUAUUCUCGUAAGUAAUUGGGCGCAAUAAGCUACUUAAACUCAUAUGAGAAAUCACUUUCUCCCAACUAGUGUGAGCCUCGUUCAAUAAGUAUGAGUGCACGCCAGAAAAACUGGGUUAAUGACAGAACACAAAGUCGAGACUCGCUGGUUAAAGUUUCUGCGUGAACAAAAGAACAUUAAAUUAAGGCGAAUACAAUUUCCUCCUGCUGCUUUAUUUGUUUUGUUUGACAUUUUUUUUGCUUCGAUGCGCCUACCUAAAAGUCACUGUAGUGGUGCGAUGGAAACCCCAGAAAUUACACAUGAGAAAAUAGGUACAUAUAUGUCGGCAGAUUGUUUCUUCGCUUUGCAUCAGUUUUUUUUUAUUUUGAUGCACCAAAUGAUCGUUUCUCUACCGUCUAUCGUUUACAACGAUAAAUAUUUCGAAAUAUGAAUAUUUUACAGGUAAAAUCAAUAAAACUUACUCAUUCCCUGUGUAUCCGUCGUAGUUUCUGACGAUUUCUGCCGUUUCAAGCUUGCUUUACUAUCACUGUUAUCCAUGUCAAAAGACAUGGAUAACAGUGAUGGUAAGUUUUAUCGAUUUUACGUGUAAAAUAUUCAUAUUUCGAAAUAUUUUUCGUUGUAAAUCGACCAUAUUUCGUUCCCCAUACUAUUCCUUAUAACGUGUUCAAAUUUUUUCAACGGUUCCUCCCGUAACUUAACACCGAGUCACACAACGCGUGACGCGUUCAUGAAUUCAUCGUUGGCUUUUUCUCGAGACGUGAGCUUGGGCCGCCUGUGGGUGAAUGAUGAUCUGAUUAUGUUGAGUCUUCAAUUUCAGGUCACCUUUUGACAGGAACACGCUUAAACUUCCCGAACUCAACUGGAACGUGAUACUGCUACAGCUUUAAGGUAAGGAAAAUGCAGACAGAAAAGUUCAAUUAACAAUCGAAGCUCAAGCAACAAUAGCCACUAUUAUCAGAUGACACAUACACAGAUGUCCCCAAAACUAGGCUAUUCUGAUUGAAGUACAUUAUACUGGUAAUCAUUAAACCUAAUACAAACGUUGCUGACUACUCAGUGGAGCGGGGCUAGUCGGGUCUCGGGUUUUGCCUUGAAAACGCAGCUCUUGAAAAGUGAUGCGUUUGUUUUCAGUAUAUUCUCUGUUCUGUAAGCUAUGCCUGCGACUUUUUAUGUUCCUGGAUGCCAACAAAAGGGAGGAAAUUCUUCCGCAGGAGAGAAUGGUUGGGUUUUUAGAUUCCUUGGUAGCCCAUGGGGAGAAGACAGUGGAUCCAUGCAAUUCGUCGAUACGAAGGAAAGGAGUUUGCCACAGAUCGCAGGGGGGAAAUAAGUUUGUUCGCUGCAUUUUAGGCGAGCAGAUAUCAGAAAAUCUUUAAACAGACGAGUUUAUGUUGUCGCCGAUGGUUUUCCAAUAAGAUUUUCUUAGUCAGUACUUUCCCCAUAGAAAAGAAAACUCCUCCUGAAAGACAACUUCAAAGUUGGCAUCCUUCAUUGUGGCCAUUUUGUUGCUCCGUAUACUUGCCCGGCCUGCUCUUCAGUGUAAUGCUAAGGCAUAUUUUUCGCGUUCUUAUGACCGUAUUUGGUUAAACGUCAUAGUGGUGGAAUAAAAACACAUAGACGUCGCCCUUCUCAAAAAAAUUGGCCUAACACAUUCAAUCAUCCGAGCUCUACUUUUCGAGUUUUGGAGACUAAAUUUGUCCCCUUGAAGUUCUAUAAACGAAAACCAGAAGUAUUUAAUAUAUUGCGGCAAAUUCUUCGGCUAAGGCUUUAUCAUCGUCGGAAAUCUUGCAAAAAAACACUGCCACUGCGCUUGCGUAUCUCAAUUUCCUUACAUUUGCGUUGGAUGUGUGAACAUCACUUGCAAUUACAUUUACGUGUGAAUUUGCAUCUAACGUGUGAACCAGGUUAUAUGAUAUAUUUAGUCACCCUCUUUGUACGUAUAAUAAUUAUUAUCAUUGUCAUCAUUAUUUCUCUAUAGAUCCUCGUUGCUCGCUGAAAAGGAAUAAUGGAUCUUCCCUGGACCGAGCUACCGCGGUUUGAGGCCGCUCUAAUGAAAAAGGGUCUCCAACCGAAAGAGUUUGAAAGAACUCUUCUUUCCAAAAUUUCCAAGAUAUUUGAAAAUGAAAGAGAAGUCGUAGAAAGAAGUGUAAAGAUAUCUGUAGAAUGUGUAAGGGAAAAUGUAUGUAUUCGAGAGAAUGAAUCAAAGCCCGGUUUGGACCAAAGGUAUAAAGUCGCCUUAAAUAAAUACGUCGAUGACAAAAUACUACCAAACAAGCAGACACCCCCAAAGAAAUUGAUAAAAGAUACUGGAGGAAUACGUAACGUAAUUAGGUAUGACAAGAAACUAAUUCGUGAUUAUCACAAAGAUCAACAUGAAUUAUUUUCCGAGGAUAACCUAUUGGGAAGGGAAUUUCGCAAACUUACUCCUGCGAUCAAACUGAAUGAGAAGGGCUACUUUAUUCAUGAUAAUGAUGCACACUUCUCAAUAGAAGAUGCCUGUCGUGUUAUCGAUAAAUUUACUUGUAUGUUUCUUCAGUACUUGAUCCUAUUAAAGAAUAACGGUCAAGUUCCUUCCGAAGAUUGGAAGCCGCAAAAACUCUUGAAGAUUCUUUCACAUUGCGAAAAAAUAGUAAGGAGAAGGGUGAGUUUGGAUUGGGGAAUUGAAAAUGAUCUGCUGGACAAUACGGGCUAUAAUGUAUGGAAAGCUCACGUAAUGAUAGUCAUGUCCUAUGCAGCACUUGCAGUGGUUCUAGACAUGAUACUUAAGAAGCAACAGCCGGUGGCUCCCGUCGUAAAGUCACGGCUAUGACCCUGGUGUGUGAUGUCAGUCUACAGUCUUUCCCAGAUUAAUAGGAUUUGCCUUUGUUCAUUACAGUCGUUAUUAACUCAUUGUUACAGUUCAAUUUCAAGUUUGAAUUGCACCCUUGUUGUUAGCGUUUGUGACGAAUUGUCAGUGUAGAGAGGUGUCCUUUUUGUCUACUUUAUCCUUGUUAAUGGGAACUUGAUCAAAUACAUCACAUGGGACCUCAAUGCAUGAUCAUAGAUUCUAAUGAAAAAGUUAUAAUUUCUAGCUAGUUAAAUCAGUUGCAAGCCAUUUGAGAGUCGCCGGGUAUUGAGGUUAGAGUGAUAUAGCGAAAUCAUUUUAAAUUCUAAUGUAAUUUUGGUCAAAAGGAUCAACACGAAAACAAUGUAUAGCUUAGCGUUAGCUUAUUUUAUUUGUUCUUAGAAAAAAAAAAGUGAGGAAACAAUAAAUUGUAGAAUACUUAAUAAAGUAGGGAUGAUUUUCGUAAUCUCAAUAGCCUUUAUUUUUGUUCACAUGAUUAAAUUGAGAAAGAGGGAG